CCCGCUGCUUCUGUCGUCGCGAAGAGGCGGCGCGCCGGAAAGCUACAGGGUAGCAAGAAACGAGCAGGAAUCAAAACACAACUUUGGGGCCUGUGUCCGCGUUCACCCUCUACAUUUCAACGCAGGGCGUCGAUCGGUGUCCGUGAAGUGACUGCCGAGACACUGAGGACUUGCAAACAUCUUUUUAUGCGAGUGAAGUAAACGAUUUGGCCUCGUCAACUUGGCUAACGUUAGCUAACGUUGGGCCCAGCUAGCACUAGCCGUGGAGCUUACUUUUCGCUAGCAAAAGCAAAACAAGGAAUGAGUGAUGACCUCUGUGGUAGUGUCAGACGGUGGAGGGAACAUAGUGGAGUAUGUUACGGUAGUGGAGGAGCCCCAACAGCAGCCUGCUGAGGAAGAAGAGGAGGAAGAAGUGGUCCAGCAGGAGGUAGAGGCUGUGAUCGUGGAGGAAGAUGUGGAGGAAGACGAAGGGGUGGUGCUGCAGGAGGAGGGCUGUCCUGCUGUAAUCGUGGAAGAGGUGCCGAGUGCCCAGGUGGAGGAAUGCUACUCAGCUCAGGUCCUGGUCUACGACGAUGAGACGUAUCUGAUGCAGGAUGUGGCUGAGGAGCAGGAGGUGGUCACGGAGGUGGCUGAAACUGUGGAGAUGUCGGGUCAUGACAUGGUGUGUUUUGACAAAACGUUUGAAGCAGCCGAGGCUCUUCUUCACAUGGAGUCUCCUGGAGGACUACACAGUGAACGCAACACAGCAGAGGAUGUGAUGAUGGAGACGGUGGUGGAGGUGUCCACAGAGUGUGGACCCAUAGAAGAGGAGUCCUUUCCCAUCCCUCCUGAUUGUGAACCUGCGGCUAAGAAGAAGAGAGGAGGAGGACGUAAGCCCAAGACACACCAGCCUGCUUCCAAUGGCUCCUUUGAUCUGGGGAUCAAGAAAAGGCCGAGGGAGGGAAAGGGCAACACCACCUAUUUGUGGGAGUUCCUGCUGGAGCUGUUGCAGGAUAAAAACACCUGUCCCAGAUACAUUAAAUGGAUGCAGAGAGAAAAGGGCAUCUUCAAACUGGUGGACUCCAAGGCUGUGUCCAGACUGUGGGGUAAACACAAGAACAAGCCUGACAUGAACUACGAGACCAUGGGCCGAGCCCUGAGGUAUUACUACCAGCGCGGCAUCCUGGCCAAAGUGGAGGGUCAGCGGUUGGCCUACCAGUUUAAAGACAUGCCCAAAAACAUCCGCGUGAUCGAUGACGAUGAGGAGGGCGAGGAGGUGGAGGACAGCGAGGGCAUGGUGUCCAGCCAGCACCUGGUUCACCAGCAGGGCCCCGCAGGCCUCGGCACCAACUCCCCCGCUGCCACCCAGCCACAGCAGACCUACGUCACCGUCAUCCCCGGCAACGCCGCCACCAGGUCAAUCCGAGCCAUGCCAGUGGUCAUGACCAACUCACUAGGUCAGGUGACGUUGAACUCCUCCCCCAUCCUCACCACCACCGCAGGCGUCCCAGUUACAGUAGCAAACACCUCCGGCAGCGCUCCCCCCAAACUGGUGAUCCAGGCUCUGCCCACUGUGCUGCCUGCUAGCUCCAAAGCAGGAGAGAAGAUCACCAUCAUCACCAUCCCAGCCAACCAGCUGGCCACGCUCAUGCAGGCCAACCCAACAGGCCAGGUCACGCAGCUCAUCCAGGCUAAACCUGUUGCUACACAGCUAGCGCAGGCCGCCGUUAAACCGCCGUCUGCUGCCCCCGCCGUGCAGCUAGCGGCAGGCCGGUCGGCACCACAGCUCAUCCUGGCCAAACCAGCUGUGGUGGCCCAGCCGCUGCCGCAGCUCUCUGUCCAGGUGAGCCAGCCGCAUUCUGCCCAUCCCAAAACCCCCACCCAGCCCCAGAAGCCCUCCAGCGGCCAGCCCGAAGCAGCACAAUCAGGGGCAGCAGCAGACGCCCCGCCCCCUUCAAGUCCACCAGCAGCAUCAGCAGAAACCCCGUCGUCCUGAGAGCCCUGUCCUGAGCAGGGGCCGCUGAGGGGGGAGGAGGGGCAGGAAGUGACUGUGGACACUGCUGUAGAAGUGCAGAAAACGUGCCACACCUCCCCCCAUGUCAGAGCAGAGCCGACUCGUGAUUGGCUCACACUGUCAGCCUGAUGCUGGUCUGCUCUCACUGUGGAGCUGCUGAAGCCCCACAGAGGAUCAAAGGGACUGCUGUACACACACACGCACGCACACACACACACACACACACACACACACACACACACACACACACACACACACACACACACACACACACACACACACACAAACGGAUCCCUCAGAGCUCAGAAGACAUGGGCUGCCUUAGAUUGUAAAUGAAUUAAGUCCUUUUGUAAUCAAACCUAAUAUAAAAAGCCUGACAAGACUUUGUUGUAAACAAAAGUGUAAAAAGCAUUUUUUUGAUACUCAGCAGGUAUGUAUCAGUACAGAUGUAGUUUAAAUUCCUAUUUGUUUCAGUCUUCAGUGGGUUGUCUGCAAAGUUCUGUUACUCCACAGCACUGUCACAUUCUCCCACUCUUCUCUUUUUUACUGUUCCUAAAAAGGGAGUAAAAUGAAAUCUGCGUCCAGGUAAAACAACUACAUGGUGUGCUCCACAUUUGAAGUAUAAUAUACUAUUUUUUCUUGUACUAUCUGUGUAUUGAAGUAGAUUUUACUGAAAUGUGUAUUAUAAAAAAUGACAAAUGUUAA